CUUUCACCCAGUAGUACAAGUACCACAUCUCGUGAGAUGCCCUCCUCGUCAGCGGGGCCCGCCUCGCCUUCUUCUUCUCGCACUCCUCGACGACACACACGUACCUCUGCCGUCGUCGGAGGUGGUGCUGGCAGCAGUCGAGGAAGCAUCGAUAGCCUGUCCUUUGGCCCUGCGACGACGACGAUGAUUCGACCAUCCUCCAAAAAUGUCAACGGCAGCCUCAAUCCACUCUUGCAACCAGAUAUCACGGCAGAUGAUCUCUUCGUCCAAUAUACCCCCGCUGAGAUUGCCAAUCAUCUAGCUGCGGUCAAGGUGCAGCUUCAGACGUACGACUCGGAGCUCAGAGCUUUGAUCAAUAGUCGUUAUCAGGAUGUCCUGGCGGUGGGCAACACCAUCUCUGCCAUGAGGAGCAGCUCGACGCUUCUGACUGGCGCCCUUGACGAGGUAGCAAAGGGGCUGAGGCGAGGUAUUGCAGACGGCAAUGAGGAGGAGCAGACUACAUCUGGUGCGGGCGAGGACAAGACGCAUUCGACUGAGUCGCAGAUUCGUCAUGUAGCCGCUCUCCUCCUCAUUCUUCACGAAGGGCCAGAGGAGAUCUGGAGAAUCCUGGACGCUGCUAAGGCAGCAAGCAAAGGAUCCAAUGGCGGCGGCGAGGAAGAUGCAGCAUCGCGCGUGCUUGUCGAGGCCAAGUCAUGCUUGCGUACAGCUCGUCGCCUCGCUCUUGCCUCGAGUCUCUUCGAGGCUGUCCGCAUCGCUGGUCAGGAGCUGUUGACUAUGCGGAUUCCAGGCAAUGACAAGGAUGUCAAGGAUCUGUUCCCUCAUCCAGUAUCUACUCACAUAGCCACGCUCACCUCUCUCAAGGUCGAACUGCAAGCUGCCAUCCAGAACGUGAUCGGCCGGUCCGACGUCACGUUAACGUCCGACAAAGCGAUGACUACCUCGCGGAUCUCAGCAGCGACGCUUCAUGCUGCCCUCGAGGCUGGUUUUCGAACGACAACGAUCAGUCUUGUCGCUCUAGUCAAGCUGCAGUAUCUGGCUCCUGCUGAGGCCGAGGCGUAUCUGUUGCAAUCGAGGAAGGAAACCCUCAAGCAGUGGGUCACGGCAGCAGGAGGUAACAUCGACCCAAAUAAGAUCCUUGAUGUGGCUCAUGCCAGUAUUGCAGAGACUUGCGGUCUAUAUGAGCGUAUCUUCGCCAAGACACUGUUCAACUCUAUUCUCGAGCAGAUGGCAGCGGCCCAGGGUGCCACACAACAGCCACCUCCCUCCUCGGCGUUGCUUCCUCCGACUCCCUUGGAUUCAAUCGCCACUCUGCCCUCCGCAGAACGCAUCCUGUCCACGAUGCUUUCGGCCUCCCCUUUACUCUCUUGGCAUCUCGAGGUAUCCGAUCCGUCGCCGUCGAUUGAUCCACGCGCAAUUCAAUCCUGGAUGGACGAUGUAACCGCUGCCCUUUUCGACGAGUGGGUUCCUGCGCUCAUCGACUCAUUCUCCAGCAUUCACUCUGUCGGGCGUGCGCGUCAUCGGCUAGACUCAGCCUUCAAGCGGCAUGCAAAGGUGCACAACCUCAGUGGUGACGAAUCCUCCGUACUCCCUACUUUGUCCAAAGCCUUUGAGAGCUCAACAGCCCGCCUAGCAGCCCGCACUGAGGCACUGUGGCGUCAAGACAUCCAGCGAUGGCGCAAUGACGCUCUACAUCGAGUCGUUGGCGCCCUUGCCAGCGUCGAGACGGACCAGAGGGAGAUGCGACUGCACCAGAGCGGCAGAGAGGACGAAGGAGGCCUGUACGCGGAGCUCUUCCUCAUCGAUUCGCUGCCCGUCCAGCCGAAGCUAGCUACGGCCAAGAGAUAUCAGGGCACGGCCGCUGCCGCCUCGACACAGGGAGCAGCGACGUCCAAGGCGCACUUGCAAGACUUACUAGAGGGCAAGAUGUCGCAGGUCCAGUCACUUCUCGCACCCACAAUACGAGAGUGGGUGCAGCUCGCACGCACGCUAGAACGUUACCAGAGCGCCGUCGCGAACCAUCAAGGUGAUGCGGAUGAGGAGGUAGAGGAGCUGCAAACCCUCGUCUUCAUCGCCACAUCCGGGUGGACGUUCCUUCUCACCUCUCUCAAUCGCCUCGUCGACGAGCGAAGCGGCCAAAAUGACCAACUCAUGCUGCUGACAAGAUUGGUGCGGGCGCUUCUCUUCGUCCCACGGUACGCCAAGGUCGUCGAGCAGGUGGGUGGACGAAGCGAGGAGGUCAGGCAGGCCAGUGACCAGCUGAUGGAGAAGAGGCGAGAGAUUUUGAACGGAGCAUGGAAGACUGACGUGGUUCGGAAGGCAGUUUCCAUCUUGACACGUGAGCGUCAGGCAGGAGAUGCAGGCGGCUCCUCCUCGUCAGGGACAAUGAGGGAGAGCCCUUCACCUCGUCUCAUACAAGCUCUUUGCAUACUCGAGGAGGCGAGUGACGAGGUGCUUCCUCCCUUGGGGGGCGUCGCAGCAGGCAGAAGCGAUCAGAGGUAUCGAGAAGCCGACUUCAUCCGGGAUGUACUUGCCGACAUUCAUCGCGAGUCCGUAGGAGCUCUCAAAGAGCAAGGUGCUCAUCAGCCUACAUCUCUGGCUACUGACCUCACAAUCCUCCGAGGCCUUGUACAAAGCCUGAAUGGCGUCUCUGUCAACGCCGCUCCGGAAGAGGCUCUCGACCCGCACGCUCUGCUCCUCGGUCGUCUGGCAGUAGCGCUCAAUGCUUCGAAUCACAGCAAGCUGGGUUUCGCGCGCGCGGCCAGUACCGCCGCGCAGGCCGUAGAUGAUGAGUCAGAUCGACCGCCCUCACUAUUGACUCUUACGCCCUUUAGAGAAGGAGGGAGGAUACAGGGUUUGACGAUAAUUGCGGCCUGAGACGGCAGCUGAGAAACGACAUCGUCCUACUCUAUCUUUAUGGUAUGCUGCA